UCAGAAAAGAGCAUGAAUUCACGCUCAACAUAUUAAUAGGGCCUAUAUAUUUUGAUCGUUUUGAUUGAUUCUCUUUGUUGACUUUCUCUUUGAAUAUAGAUGGAUUUCGCGGCAUUUUUGCAGAUAGCUUGAUAAACAAUAUUUCCUUUUAGAAUCUAGAUAGGCGAACACAUCAGGAAAUGCUUAAGUAUGUAAGCAUACUUAAGCAUUAACAUACUUUAUACGAUUCCGUAUAAAGAAUUUAAUUUCUAUCGGAUGUAUUACUUCUUCAGGAGUUUUUUGUUCGUUUCAUCGCCGAUUUUAUUUCUGUAAGAAAAACUGGCGAAUAAAGGGAAAGCCAGUUAACAAAAUUUACUAAAUAGCUACAAAUUUCGAAGUAUGAUAAAAUAUGAUACAAAAAUAGUUGACACACCUGUGGUAAAUGUCAAACACUUUGGCACCUCAUAUCAGAUACCAAAUAUUAUUGUUGAAUCAGCUGACGGUUUACAUUAACGAUAGACAGCAGAUUUGUCGCAGUAAAUUAAUAUCUUAAUUGAAAAACAUUGGCUUUUGGCUCAAACUAGACUGAGCUAGUGUUCAUACCGAUAUGUCUCAGGAAAAGUUUAAUUUGCAAAAGGUUCAUCAAUGCUUCGAGCAGAGUUUGUGUGGCGAGGAUGAUGUUGCAAUCGAUGCUUAUUUGGAGGCAUUCAAGGAACUUUAUAAAUUUUUCUCCCUCAUGGGGACGAUUUUCGGAUUUGUUAGCAGUGAUGUCAAGGAGAAGGUAGAAAUUCUGGAAAAGCUUCGUCAGCAAAAGGAUAAUCCGGACAAAUUCGAAACCAUACAGGGGAUGAUGGAGUACGAGCAGGAAGCGAAUCUACUGACCAAGAAAGGCUACGUAUCGGGAAGUCGAACACUUUUACGGCUUCAUAGGGGUUUAGAUUUUAUCUAUGUUUUCCUGAAACGUAUGGGCGAGCUUGAUGCGCCGGACGCCAACACGAACGGUAUCUGUCAGUCUGCAUACAACGAAACGCUGGCUCAGUUUCACCCUUGGCUUAUACGGAAAGGAGCAAAUGUGGCAAUGUACGCACUGCCAGCACGGGACCAACUGCUAGAUAGAGUUUGCGUAGAUACCAGUGAAGCAAUCUCCCUACUUCCAUCGAUGUUGGUUGCUACCCGGAAGGUGUACGACCGGACACAGGAGCUGUACACGAAAUUCGAUCUGCAUGGAUUGCCAUAAUCAUUCGGGACUCUGUCAUUUAUAAUAAUUACUACAACUGGAUCAUCACCUGUCAUAGCCUAGCUUUAGAUGUUAAUUGUUUUAGCAAGCGCUUGUGAUAGACAAAAGUAUUUUAUUAAUUUGAGGCAAAGUAUUGUUAUUAUUUCAAACUAAUUGGAUAUCCAACUUCAAUGAUAAUAUUGAACAAUGUGUAUCUGUGUAAAAAUAUCAGCUGGAUAAAAACUGAAUAGCUAAUAACAUUA